AGCAGUUGUCCAAUGAGAACACAGACGUGUUGGUGUAACAAGGACUUGCUGUGUAUCUGUCAUUCAAUUGAUGCUUGUUUUGUUUACGUAAGUGAAUUAUUUGAUAUGUAAUUUGCUUUAAAUCGAGUUACAUUGCAGGAAAAGCCUGUAUGUGUAUGUGUAGUAAUGUUUUUCAGUGGAAAAGAGAAGCAAUAUUGCUCCUGAUUGCUGAGUGAGGAUUUCUACACAGCCAAAAAAAAAAUGACUCUUUCAGAAUUUCUGGGAGCUUUGAAGGACAACCCAUACUUUGGGGCUGGUUUUGGACUUGUUGGUGUGGGCACAGCACUUGCAGUUGCAAGAAAGGGGGCUCAAAUUGGCAUGGUAUUCUUCAGGCGGCAUUACAUGAUCACUCUCGAGGUUCCUAGUAGAGACAAGAGUUACCACUGGUUGUUGAGCUGGAUUACCAAACAUGCCAAGCAUACGCAGCAUCUCAGCGUGGAGACCUCAUACAUGCAGCAUGAGAGUGGACGGGUUCACACACAGUUUGAUUUCCACCCAAGUCCUGGAAAUCACAUCAUUUGGUAUGGCAGAAAAUGGAUAAGAGUGGAGAGAACCAGAGAGAAGCAGAUGGUGGAUUUGCACACAGGAACACCUUGGGAGUCUGUUACCUUUACAGCCUUUGGCAGGGAUCGGCAAACCUUCUUCAACAUACUGCAGGAAGCAAGAGAGUUGGCUCUGAAGCAGGAAGAAGGCCGCACUGUGAUGUACACUGCUAUGGGUGCGGAAUGGAGGCCCUUCGGCUUCCCACGUCGUCGGCGCCCUUUGUCCUCUGUUGUCCUGGAGAAUGGAGUAGCUGAGAGGAUUGUGGAUGAUGUAAAGGAAUUUAUUAGUAAUCCAAAGUGGUAUACUGACAGAGGGAUCCCAUACAGAAGGGGAUAUUUAUUGUAUGGCCCUCCUGGCUGUGGAAAGAGCAGCUUCAUCACGGCCCUUGCUGGUGAAUUGGGAUACAGCAUCUGUUUGAUGAGUCUGAGUGACCGCAGUCUUUCUGAUGACCGGCUGAAUCACUUGCUGAGUGUGGCUCCACAGCAGAGUAUCAUUCUGUUGGAGGAUGUGGAUGCUGCUUUUGUCAGCCGAGAGCUGCUCCCAACUGAGAAUCCAAUGGCCUACCAGGGCAUGGGGAGACUCACAUUUAGUGGACUUCUUAAUGCGCUGGAUGGAGUUGCUUCUUCAGAAGCUAGAAUUGUCUUCAUGACUACUAAUUUUAUUGAGAGACUUGAUCCAGCUCUAAUAAGACCUGGGCGUGUGGAUCUGAAGCAGUAUGUUGGACAUUGUACACAUUAUCAGCUCACUCAGAUGUUCUGGAGGUUCUACCCAAAGGAGUCUGCAGCCGAGGGGGAAAGAUUUGCAGCAUUUGCUCUGGCAGCACACACAGACCUCAGCCCGGCUCAAGUGCAGGGACAUUUCAUGCUUCAUAAAACGGACCCUAAGGGUGCUAUAGACAAUGUUACAAAGAUUUUCGAAUGAGGGUCCUGGAAGGGUAAUGGCAACAAUGACAUGAAGUACAAAUAAAUUCAUGUGUAAAACCAACAAAGCAGACUUCAAUAAAUGGCAAACAGGAAGUGAACUCUGAUGCUGUGUCCAUUUUGAUAACAUGCUCGAUAUUUAAAAAUAAAUAAAUAUAUAAAUUCUAAUAA